AUGAAACUUGAGGAACUGGAAAGUAUAUUGGAACUAUGUGCUGCUAAACACAUCCCUAUGGUGGUAGCCAAUCCAGAUUUUGUGACUGUUGAGGCUAGAGCCUUGCGUGUAAUGCCUGGGACUCUGGCUGCCAGGUAUGAAAAGCUGGGGGGUGAAGUGAAAUGGAUGGGCAAGCCUGAUAAGGUCAUCUACAAAUCAGCAAUGGCGUUAGCUGGUGUAGACCCUGUUGAUUCUAUAGCAGUGGGUGAUUCUCUUCACCAUGACAUUAAGGGUGCAAAUGCAGCUGUAAUCCAAUCAGUUUUUAUCACAGCUGGGAUCCAUGCAACUGAACUUGGACUCAGUAGUUUUGGAGACGUUGUGGAUAUAUCUUCUGUGCAAGCUCUUGCUUCCAAAUACGAUGCUUACCCAUCAUACGUGUUACCUGCAUUUACAUGGUAG